UAUUUAUGAGAACUGUGAUAUGUUAUCUCAACAGAAAGUGGGAGGAUCGCUGUAAACACUGGGUCAAUGUGAGCAUGGGCGGACUGACAACUCAUGGGGCCCCCGGGCAAUAGGGGAUCAUGGGGCCCCUGUGUCCUUGCCCAAACUCAAAAAAACCUAUGAAAAAGGUACCAGGGGCAUCGCAUGGGGCCCCCUACUGACCCCAGGCCCCCGGGAAGUGCCCGAGUUUCCAAAUGGUCAGUCCGCCCCUGAAUGUGAGU